AUGUCUGAGCGGACACGAGACACCGCCCUCGAGGCCGUUGAGCCGUUCAACUGCAUCGAGUGCAAGCCCAACACCUCUAAGACGGAAGAGUCACCGAAGUCGCCGACGCCGCUGCUGUGUGACGUGAACAAUGUGGUGACAGAUGCGCUGAGGCUGCGCAAUAGCAGCGAUGAGCUGGACGGCUAUUGCAGCUCCUGUGAAGGAUCCCUGCCAGACAACAGCGUCAGCAGCAGUAGUGAACCGACCUCUAGAACGGCGUUGCCCACAAGCGUUGCGGCGGCUCUGCACAGGAACAGCUCUCGCCAGUCCCACCACCGCCGCUGCCGCUAUCGCGGUCGUGGAUCGCCGAUAAGAAGCGCUGCCCGCGAUGAGGAACGACAACGUCUGGUGGCCAUAAGCCUCGCUGAGCGGAUGGAGAGGGCGGAGACGAAAGGGAAACUUGUGCAGUCGACAGACUCUGCUACCACGACCACGUCAUCACCUGUCGAGGAAGCGUCGGCAGUAUCUGAGAUGGAGGAAAUAGCUCGCGAAAGCGCCUUCAAUGAGAUUCCCAUGGCCUAUCCAAAGUCGAUCGCCGCGGCCACAGGUAGGAAGACGUCGCUGACAAUGAUGUCAGUGACACUGGGCGUCGGGAACCGUACUCCCAAGACCGCCAAGCGAAGCAACAGCAACAGCCCCCACACCAUUCCGCGGAGUGCAGUGGGUGACAUGAAUGAUACGAUGCUGCUGCAGAUACCCACGCCGAUCUUGGUGCAAGACGAAGAAGGCGAGUCCACCAGGUUGCUGCACUCCUCUACAGUGUCACAACCACCCCCGUCGUCCAGAGGCAACAGUAACGCUGUAGAGGCGUCGAUAGAGAGCGCUGUAGCGGAAAGGUUCAGUGUAGAGACGUCGCCCACCGAGAUGCCACGCCCCCGCGCACCUUCUCCCACUGGUACGCUAAGCCUGGCGGGCAGUGCGCUCACCACCAGCAAUGGCAACAACACCGGAGGCGACAGCGGCACCCUUGGCAUGGGAAGCGCGCUGCGUAUAAAAUCAGGCGGUACGGCGGUUCUUCCCCUCGUCGUCGAGCCAUCACGUGUUGCGCCCGCUGCAGCGGGUCUGAUGAAGAGCAACAUGGUUAAUGUCGACCAGGGGUCUGUUACGCACACCACCGCCUCCGACCCAGUGCAGGGAACUUUUCAAGACCCCUCUGCAGAGCCGCAGCUCGAUAAGAAGCAGUUCAUCGCAUCAGUAGAUAAGACCGCGACAGGCACCACAGGCGUUGCCGUACAGGGCACACACAUGCCCGGCGUCGCCACGUUGAAGUCAACGAAAGUGGCAGUCCUGGCACACAAUGUAGCUGCCGCCACCUCUGCCAAGCACCUGCAGUCCCCCUUGGGUUCCCCUACCCAUGUCGAUCUUUCCAGCUCAUCAUCAGUUGGCGGUCACCACCUCUCCGUAACGGAGGGAAACGCCUUCCUGAAGCAGUCCGGCUCUCGCCGCGAGGAGGCCUUCUACAACAUGAUUCAGCCCUAUCAAGAAGCGCUUGUGCGGGAAGCCGUACGACAGGCGCCGCACACAGUCGAGCAUUGGAACCACAACAACGCCGGUACGCAGUGCGCAGGCGUUCAAGAAGGCGCGGCCUCCACCUUCUCCUCUUCCCCCUCUAAAGCGCGGCACCACUCGCCGCCGCACACCAGCGCCGGUCGCCGGCAGAGCGAUGACAACGGCGACGGCGUCUUGGCCGACCCGGACGAUGUGGCUGCCAUGUACGAGGCCCGGUGGGAGGCCUACCAGCAGUACGAGGCGGAAGACAUGUCCAACUUGUGCAUUCUCGCCUCGGAGCAGCUGUCGGAGAGAAAUAUGGGGCGUGAACACCGUCGCAGUGGCGGAAGCAACAAGUGUGCGGGGCCGCUCCACUGCGGCUCAUCAUCGCCAGUGUCGCCGCACCAGGUGGACAAGGAUCUCAUCGAGUUAGCUGCCCGGCUGUGGUGGACGGUGCGCUUCCGUCACUUCUACCGCACUUCAGCGCCUGCCUACGAGGUGCAGCGGCAGGCAGCUGAGGCAGCAGGUCUGUUGCAACCUUCACCGUCGGCCUGUUCACCCGCAGUCAUCACCCCGAUUAGCGAUGAAGCAGCCAUCGCUAACUCGCGGUGCUCCGCGCCAGCGUCGCCGACAGACCCAUCCGUGAUGAAGCAGGGAAAAGCUGAGCACAGAGAGGAGACUGCGGCAGUCGGGGUGACGGCACCGCCCACCCAGACCCCAAGCGUGAGCGGUACCGCCACGCCAUGCAUGGUCGGCUCCUUUGCCGCCUCGCUCUUGGAAGGAGUCGCCACCCGCGACAGCGCUGUGGAGUUGCAGUAUGCGGCCCAGAAGCACCGCGCAUUGCAGCUGCUCGCUUCCUUCGUGCCACGCUAUCACGGCACGCACCGCCUCUUUAUGCGCGAUGUGCUUCGCUGCGAGCGAAAGGGGAGAGCCACAGUGGCGUCGGUCGCGCUGCAGAGAGAAGCGGGUCAGUGGCCACAGAGGGGGGGGCAGCAAAUCGUAGUGGAUGCCGACAACGACGACGACGAUGACAACAGUGGCAGCGACAAGAAGGUCUGCAUGAUCAUGCUGGAGUACGUGUGCUACCGUUUCCGUCACCCGUGCGUCAUGGACAUCAAGAUGGGCAGUCGCCAGUACGGCCUGCACCCCUCCGCAGAGAAGAAGCGGAGCAAGGACCGCAAGGCAAAGUUGUCCACGUCGGCGCGGUACGGCAUCCGCCUUGCUGGGUACCGCCUGUGGAAGGCAGAGGAGGGCCAGUAUAGCUUCCGCGGCAAACUCCAGUGCCGCUCUCUCAGCUUCAACGAGGUGAAGAGCGAGUUGUCGACCUUUCUGUUUCACAGUCACGAGAUGAAGCGAGUGUUCUGCCGGCAGCUGCAGAGGUUACGUGUCGCCUUCAGUCAGCAGACCGUCUUCCGCUUCUACACCUCCUCAUUACUCUUCGUGUACGAUGCCGAAGACCCACUGACGACGGCGCGGGUGACGAUGGUGGACUUUGCCUACACGUAUGAGUCGAGGGAGCUGCUUCAGGGCGGCGAUCCUGAUGCCCACUAUGCCUACGAUUUCCGAUACUUGAAGGCGAUUGACACCCUCCUCUCCCUGCUGGCGUAG